UACGAAACCUCUCUUCAGUGUGUGUCCCUAAAUAUCAGUCACACAUGGCUUGCUCCUCCUCUUCCUCCCAACUACCAUCGCCAUCCACCACCGUCGAUGAAACCAGCCCCGCGUCAAUCUCCACCGUCCAUACGGACAUAAUCCAGACCCACAUCCUCACCCGCCUCGACGGCCCCACGCUUGCCUCCGCCGCCUCCACCUCUUCCCAACUCCACGCCCUCGCUUCCCACCAACCCCUCUGGGACAACAUCUGCCACUCCACAUGGCCCUCCACUUCAACGCCACGUGUCCGCCAAGUCAUCUCCACGUUCCCCGAUGGUGCCUUCUCCUUCUUUUCCGACUCCUUCCCGCUCCUCACCAACCUAGACACCGCCGCAACAACUCUCGCGCCGAAUCACGAUCAGGACCGCCCGUGUGAAUUAAUCUCGUCCGUCGAUAUCUACCACCGCGACAAGCUCAUUCUGAGCAAGGUCGUCGAGACGGAGACCGUGACCGGGUGGUUCCGGUGCUCGCCGUUCCGGAUUGACCUGCUGGACCCCAAGGACGUGGUCCCCACCCAAAUCAAGUACCCGGCGGGCCGGGAAUCCGACACGUGUCGCGACCUCGGGGAUGAUCUGACCCUCAGCUGGAUUCUGAUCGACCCGAUCGGCCGGCGGGCGAUGAACCUCACGAGCCACAGGGCGGUGUCGGUGCAGCGCCACUGGCUGAGCGGGGAGGUGCACGUGCGGUUUGCGUCGAUUCUUCCCGGGGAGAAGGGGUCGGCGUCGGAGCACGUGCAGUGCGGGAUCUUGGUCACGUGCGGGGAGUCGGAGGGAGGGGAGCUGCAGGUGAGGGAGGUGAGCUUGCAGGUGGAGGACAUGGAUGGAAUGCAUUUGAACGGGAGGGAGGGUUUGGUAAUUUUGCAGAGGGCGUUGGAGGGCAGAAAGGGAAGAAAGAGGAGCAGGAGAGAAGAGGAGGGAAGAAAAAGAUACGAAGAGUAUUUGGAGAGGAAGAAGCAAAGGAAAGAGAAGAAGCUGAGGACAGAAGGGACAUUAGACACUUUGUGUGUGGCUUUUGGGGUAUUGGGGUUUUUCGUCUUUUGGUUAUUUAUUCUAUGCAGAUGAAACUCAAAUUCUUCUUAUUUUUUUCCUGUUAUUUUCUUUUAGCGGUUUAGAAGAAGCAUAUU